GAUGAAUCUCAUCAUCCACAUCAGCUGCUACGAUACAUGCAAGCCGCACCUCCGGCCGACGGCGCCGCCAUGCAGCCUUGCGACAUCGACGAAGUCCAGCUCCGUCACGAAAGUGCCCACUUCGACCGUUGAGCCCACUACUACGACCACACUCUGCGCGCCAGCCUUCCUCUGCAUAGACGGGAUUGAUGACUGCGACAACCGCUGGGGCGGGUGUUAUGACAUCUGCAAGCCGUGGAUGAAGCCCCAGGCACCCACCGCGCCGUGCUCGCGGGCUCCAAAGACGUCGCCGACCAUCACAGGGCGGGCCACCUCUUCCACCACCGGCCCGAAGCACACGCCCCCGUGCCGGCCGCUCACCAAAUGCGUCAGCGGAAUGAACGGCUGCGGCGUCAGAUACGGCGGAUGUUACGACAUUUGCAAUCCCGCCCUCGCCCCAGUCGCGCCCGCCUGUGCAUCAACGACGGCCAAGACCAUCACUCGGGCUCCCAUUCCCACCAGCCUCCCACCCAAGGAUGACUGCCGGACGCGGACGGUCUGCGUCGACGCCGUCAACGCCUGCGGGCAGAAGUAUGGAGGCUGUUUCGCUGAUUGUAAGCCGUGGCCUCUCUCACCUCCGCCCUGCCCUGCGUCCACAUCAACCCCGAGGCCGAGUGCGACAAAAAGGCCUGCUUAGAGAGCCGAGAGAUUGUGGGAUUCCCAGUCGAUAUGUGUGGCUUCCGUAUCGCUCACAUGUCGCCUUGCGCGAGGGGAUAGAAUUCCUCAGUGGGUAGAUUCAGUCAGAAAAAAAAGUUAGAAAAAGUUAGAUGCCAUAUUUUCGCAUCUUACUUCGAGUUUCGAAUCACAAUAGUCCCGUGAAG